AUGGUUUGGCUUCUUGGCUUACUCUUUCUACUUCUUGCUUCUUAUGCUAAUGCUUGUGAUCGCUGCAUCCAUCAGUCCACAGCGGCCUACUACUCAGCCAAUUCACCUACUUCAAAUGGAUGGGGAGCAUGUAGGUAUGGCUUUUGGGCUAUGGAAAUCUCCCAAGACUUCUACGCCGCCGCUAUGCCAUCCAUUUAUCGACAAGGAGCUACAUGUGGUGCCUGUUAUAAAGUGAGAUGCAAGGAUAGAAGAUUGUGCACAACAAAAGGAACCAAAGUGGUUUUGACAGAUCAAAAUCAAGACAACAGGACAGGUUUUGUUCUUAGUAAGAAAGGCUUCUCAGCCAUGGCUCGAAAGGGUAACAUCCAAAAGCUUUUAAACCUCACGAGCAUCGAUGUAGAAUACAAGAGGAUACCAUGUGACUACAAAAAUAAAAAUUUGACCAUUUUUAUUCAAGAUUGGAGCAAAGUACCAUACUACUUUUCCAUUAAGUUCUUGUAUCAAGGUGGUCAGACACAAAUUCUCGCUGUUAAGAUCGCUCAGGUUGGUUCAUCAAAGUGGGGGUAUCUAAAUAGGAAAUAUGGAGCUAUUUGGGAGACAAACAAAGUGCCUGAAGGAGCGUUGCAGCUAUGGAUGAAGAUCGUAACUUCAGGGUUCAAAGAGAAGUGGAUAAUGGCCAACAACAUCAUUCCUGCUGAUUGGAAAAGUGGACUCACUUAUGAUAUGGGAACUCAAUUCAAGGAUAUUGCUCAAGAAUCUUGCCCUCCAUGGGAAUGUGGUGAUCAACCAUGGAUUUAA